AUAAAGGCCUCGAAGCGGAUCGAGAUGACCAUGGCGAUGCGCGAGUGCGAGGACGAACGAUCACGAAGCGCAAGAGCGUGGGCGAGCCGCCCUCUCCGCGUAUCACCUCGCUUCGCUUCGCCAUCAAAUCAGCUCAAGAGCACGGACAGUUCGAGGGAGCAUAUCGAUGGCACGCCGGGUGCAAAGACGUCUUGCACGACCGGCUCUGAUGCGCAAGGCGGAGGAGGAGCAUAGUAUGGGUUUGACGGGCUCGAGGAGACCUGUAGCUUCUCUGCUUGGCUGGAGAGGGCCGUACGGUCGCAGCGGUAUCACCAGCCUCGUCUGCGUUGAUGCGCCGCUUGCCGCGUCAACGCCGCUUGCCGAAUCAACGCCGCUUAGACCAGAUACUGAUCCUGUCGGGCGACUUGUCGAGCUUGACAGGCCACUCGCAGUCGUCUCUGCGGCCAAGAUAGCGGCACGAAAAGGUCUGAUUCCGAUCUUUGCCAAGAUCCGCAGCUUCUGUGCAGACUCCCCAAAAGCGGACGUCACAGUCCGGUGCGUACCCACGGGAGCAAGGGCUCGCGAACUCGAGCGUCUGCGGAGCAAGGUACCCAUAGUCGGCUACCAGGACCGUCGUAUUGGCUCCGACCCCCUCAGCUCGCCUCCUGCAGAAGUACUGCGAGUGAGUAGUAUUGACCGCGUGCUUCACGGGCGUGCAAAAAUUAUUGUAGCCGUAAAGUGAGGGUGAAAGCUUGCCCUGGUCUUGCCAGAGGCAUUGCGAGUGGGUAGCUACGACUGCGACCGCGUGUACACCGAUGGCCAAGAAACAGAGACUGAGCAUAAUGGGCGAUCGAGGCCUUGCAUCCAGACUCGCCGCAGCUUGAGGCGAUAUCUCGGCGGCUUCAUUGAGGCAAUGGAGUAGGACUGGACGGCAAAGAGGACAUCCUUACGGCCGGCCCGGCACGAGUCCGCUUGAU